AUGACGAGCCGAGAGAAUAAGCCAUCGGAGUGGAAGGCAAGCUUCGUUCCAGGUGAUGAAGUGCAUCAUACUUUUCCCUCUGAACUGGAGCCAGAAGACUUCAAAGCUAUAGACCACAAUAUCAGACAGUUACCAUGCGAAUACGGAAUUUCCACCGUUUCUGACACCGUGGAUUGGACGAGGACAAAGCAGCGUCGAUCAGCACAGCAGAACUGUGAGCGCGGGGCGGGUGCAGCGAGAAUGUCAGAAUACGAUCUAGCGCCAGAAUCAAUAAUGAAGAAAAGAAGAAUAAUCUCCGUGUGA